AUGUCAAACUUUGGGGGUCCCAAGGAGAAAGUUCGCCGUCUCUAUGUGAACGUGGUGCACGCGGUGGCCCUGUACGGGUCACCGUUGUGUGCGGACGUAGCGAUAUACUCGGCCCAAUAUCACAGUCGGGUCGAGCUGUUGCGGGAGGGCUUGGAAGAGAACCAACUGGCGGAGGCAUUGGCUCAGUCGGAGCGUCAGGCCCAAGACCAGCUGCGCCAACGGUGGGUGCAGCUUCUGGACGAGCCGUGGGUGGCCGUCCAGAGGGUCGUUGCGGGUGCCCGGCCCUUCAUCAAUCACUGGCUGGACAGUUGCACGGGUCGCUUGACCUAUCGGGUUACGCAGGUGCUCACCGGACAUGGGUGUUUCGGUGAGUACCUGCACAGGAUAAGUAAGGAGCCGACGACGCAGUGCCACGAAUGCGGGGCGGCCAGUGACACGCCGCAGCACACUCUGGAAGAGUGCCCAGAGUGGGCAGAGGAGCGUCGUGAACUGGUCGCCAAGACGGGUGAACCCCCGUCUUUGGGAGCCCUCUUCAGAGCAUUAGUCUCUGGGGAGGAGGACGUAGGACACGCCGCCGUCUCCUUCUGCAAGACGGUUAUGCUGCGGAAAGAGGAGGCUAAGCGUGCCAGGGAGCGGAAGCCCGGCAGAGUGAGGAGAAGGAGAGGGGCAGGAACGGACUCAGCAGAUGAACAAAAUCCAAACUUGCCGCCCUUGCCUUUGGAUCUCCUCUGCUUACGGAUUCCGGAUGAUAACUGCGGACAAUGGACCUCUGGUGACUACCGCCGGAUCNUUAGGAUGACGUGGACCCACCCGGACUAUGUAGAAAACCUCAACGCAGGUUUGAGUUUUCUUGUCGUAACCAACAAGUUAACACAAAAUCACCUGUUAUCGGAAAGUUAG